CACGCAGCGCGUGAUGUGGCACAACUGCCGGCGGGUGCUGCGCAACGUGCCGUUCUUCGCGCGGGCCGAGCCGGAGUUUCUGCGCGACCUGGUGGGGCGCAUGAAGGUCGAGUUCUUCACCCCGGACGACGUGGUGGCCGCGGCGGGAACCGUGGGCGACCGCCUCUACCUGCUCCAAUCGGGCAGCGCACGCGUCGUCGACGCGAUGGGCAUCACCGUGGCCACGGUCUUGCCCGGGGACCGGUUCGGCGAGGUGUGCCUCCUGCGCGACACUCUGCGGCUGCGCACGGUGAUCGCCGAUAGCUACUGCCACUUCUUCUCGCUCACCCGCCCCGACUUCAACGAGGUGCUGGCGCGUCACCCGGACGUGAAGAAAAUCGUGGACGAGAUCGUGGCCGAGCACAGCGCGCACUGUACCCCGCAGGCAUCGGCCGAAGGAAGCGAACUGGUUACCUCCUAGUAUACAAUUAUAGGAGGUCGCUCGACGUGCUGUUGCGCGGCC